UGUUGGGUUGUCACCAUGUCCAGGAAGCGCAUGAAGCUAUGAAUCAGUUCGCGGAGUUGAAGUCUCCAAACUCCGAAAUAGUCCGGGCGAAUUACAACAAACUUUCCGAGCAUAUUCGGCGACUAACGCCUCAGGGGAUCCAGUGUAGUGUUUUUUGUGGAGGAGUUAACUGCAAGUAUGAAAAUCCGGAAAAUUGGAAACCUGAAAAUUUGGCCAUCCAAGGGAUUUAUUCGCAUUGGAUUACGGACGAUAUCCUGGCGAUGGCUCGACCCAGCACCAUUGUGAUAAUACAGAAAAAUAUAAUACAACAAUUCCAAAGUUUAGGAAUCAAGUCUAUUAUAAACCUACAGUCCCCAAGAGAACAUGCCAGUUGCGGCCAACCUCUGGAGGCGUCUGGAUUUUCCUACGAUCCCAGUAUUUUCAUGGAACAAAAUAUAUAUUAUUACAAUUUUACAUGGAAGGAUUAUGGAGACGCUACAUUAUCCGGUCUGUUAAACAUGGUGAAAGUCUUGACGUUUGCAUUGACUGAAGGGCGGGUGGCAAUUCACUGUCAUGCAGGACUGGGCAGAACAGGAGUACUUAUAGCCUGUUACUUGGUAUAUUCCUUAAGGGUAUCAGCAAAUGACGCUAUACGAUAUGUAAGACUAAAACGACCUGGUUCAGUUCAAACUAGAGGUCAAAUUAUAUGUGUAAGGCAUUUUGCCCACUUUAUUCUUCCUAAAACUAUAACAUAUUUUAUAAAAGAUCUUGUAGGUAAGGACAAGCAUAUGAAUGAAUUUACGCUCCAUAGAUUUUUAAGAAGACAAAAAAUUGUCUUACAUGGAUAUGAUGAACGAAAUUUUAAGUUAAUUCCAAAGAUUAUCCACUGCUUAUGUGAAAGGAUAUUAAAAUUAUGUGCCUGUUGGGUCGAUGAGUUUCCACCGUCGAAUAUUCCAUACACGGUGGACUUUUUAUCAGCCAAAAUUCAUGGGAAUUUAAACAGGCAUGCAAGUUCUUACAGUAUAAGUAGUAUAUCGAGUUCAAAUUCAGAUCAAAUAUUCCUUAGCAGUGACUUAGUCCAGUCGCCAACUGAUGACAUAUCAUCCCCUUCCAGCCCCAACCCUUCGGAGAUGGGCGACGUAACUGAUUCUUUUUCUGAGCUUAGUACCUUGGAUGGCGAUGAAAUGAGCGAAGAGCUUUUGCUAGAAAAUAGGUGUUUUCAAGAAUUGGAAACACAAAAAUCUUUUGCCCAGGAACAAGGUGACGAAGACACGGUGAUACAAGACAUCAGCCUUGUUGUAAAUGCCUUAAUUUGUGAUCCCGACUCAUUAACUGGUGCUACGAAGAAGAAAAUUAAAGAGUAUCAACAUCAAAUUAAUUCGUCGCAGAUAGGUUGGGCUAGACUAAGGGUUGAAACGGAUAUAAAUAUAUUAGGUGUUUUACUUUUUGACUGGAUAGAAAGUUUAAAAGUUCCCAUUAUCAAAAUGGAGGAUUUUGAAAAUAUUGUGGUGCAUUAUAAAGAGCCCGAACUGUGCAUUCAGAAACUGUCUUUGGAAGAAUGCUAUUUGAUUGAAUAUCUACUAAAAUUUUUAUUGAAACUUCAACCAGUAGGAAAAGAGAACCAAGAAAAUAUGCUUAAAAGACUAAUAGGAGCGUUAUCCAAACAUAGCGUUUUGAUAAACAAUGAAAUAGUUCCUUCUGCCAAGGGAUUUAAGAAGAUUGGUGAUGGAACCUUAACUUGUACCUACCACUUGUUCCAAUCCUUGGCGGAAAUGAUAGAGAACCAUCAAAGUGAAAAACCUGAUAUGUACACCAACAACGAGGAUAAAAUAUUCGAAAAUUCUGAUGUUGAAGACGGCUUCCAGUGAAACUACUACUACCUUACAGAAAAGGUUUAUAAAAAUAUUUAAAAUAACUACUAUUUAUUGAUUGACAUUUAUGUUUUGUAAAUAUGAAAAUUGUGAGUUGAAAUAUAUGACCUGUGAAUAA